UUGGCACCUUCCAUUUUAUUAAUAUUUGUGUCCUCCGUCAAUCGUCAAUCAGUCGACAAAUACUAUCAAACAGACGUCAAUGGAAUUGGGUGUUUGAAUCAAUUUUUCCAUUGCCGUUUCAAAAAUUUCACUUGAAUUCUGUGUUUCCGAUAUAUCUCUUCUCAGACUUGUGUUCUUAGUUUCUGCGGUUGUUCUUUCUAAUGGAGACGGUGACUGCGAUUGGAGGUGCCAUUUUCUCUGCUUCCUUUCAGGGGCUACUCGACAGGUUGACUUCCAUGGACUUGUUGAAGUAUGUCCAAGAAGGGAAUGUCCAGGCUGAACUCAAGAAAUGGAAGAGGACGUUGAACAAAAUUUAUUUGUUGCUUGACGAUGCAGAGGAAAAGCAGUGGGAGAACCCAUUGGUGAAGAUGUGGGUAAGCGAUCUCAGGGACUUGGCUUAUGAUGCGGAGGACGUUCUUGAUGAACUUGCAACUGAGGCUCAGAGACGCAAGCUGGAGGCGGAACCACUGGCCCGUGCAAGUAAGGUACGGAAAAUCAUCUCUACUGUUUCUGCUAGUAUGAAUCUAACUACUUUUAAGUUCAACGCUGAGAUGGUCUCCAAGAUUGCCGGAAUCAGUGCCAGAUUAGAUGAGAUCAUUAAAGAAAAGGAUGAUCUGCAUUUAGGAGAGUGGACUAGAGGGGGGAACAGUCGAGUGAGAGCAAGACUACCUUCAACAUCCUUGGUCAAUGAAGCAAAGAUUUAUGGGAGGGAAAAGGAUAAGAAAGAAAUAAUUGAAUUGUUGAAGAAAGAAGCAAGUGGUGGAAAUGUCUCGGUGAUUCCCAUAGUUGGCAUGGGGGGUGUCGGCAAGACGACUCUCGCUCAGCUCAUCUUCAACGAUGCCUCACUGGAGUUUAAUUUCAAAAGCUGGGUUUGUGUUGGGGAAGAUUUUGAUGUUCUUAGAAUGACCAAAACCAUUCUUCAAUCUGGGGGUUGUGAUGAUAAAGAUUUGAAUUCCCUUCAGAUGAAAUUGAAGAAAAAGUUGUCCCAGAAGAAAUUUUUGAUCGUCCUUGAUGAUGUUUGGACAGAGAGUUAUGACCACUGGACUCUCUUUUACGUUCCUUUCGAAGUAGGAGCACCGGGAAGCAGAAUAAUUAUCACAACUCGAAAUGAAAGUGUCUCGUCCUUUACGGGCACCAUUCGAGGUUGUUCUCUUAAGCAGUUGUCCUUUGAAGAUUGCCUCUCUGUAUUUGCCCAACAUGCUUUGGGAGCCACGAAUUUUGAUGAGCACUUGGAAUUGGAAGAAAUAGGUAAACAAAUUGUCAAAAGAUGUCAAGGAUUGCCUUUAGCAGCCAAGGCUCUUGGAGGCUUGUUGAGGGGUAACCCAAAUCGUAAUAUAUGGGAGGACGUGUUGAACAACGAAAUUUGGGAUUUACCUAAUGAGAAAAGCAACAUUCUUCCAGCUUUAAGGUUGAGUUAUCUUCAUCUUCCUUCCCAUUUAAAGCCUUGCUUUGCUUAUUGCGCUGUUUUUCCAAAAGAUUAUGAAUUCAAUCAGGAUGAGUUGGUUUUGUUAUGGAUGGCGGAAGGUUUUUUAUAUCAAUCCAAUAAGGUGAAACAAAUGCAAGAUGUAGGCUGCGAGUAUUUUCAUGAUUUAUUAUCAAGAUCGUUUUUUCAACAAUCUAGUAGUGAUAAAUCUUUAUAUGUAAUGCAUGACUUGAUGAAUGAUUUAGCCCAGUCUGUCACUAAAGAAACAUGUUUUCAUUUGGGUGGCAAGUUGGACAAUAUGAAUUCAUGUGCAAAGGUUCGGCAUUUGUCAUUCACUUCUCAUCUGUAUGAUACAUGGCAAAGAUUUGAAGGCUUUCACGAAGCAACAGGUUUACGAACAUUCUUAGCAUUGCCAAUCAUGAGAGGAUGGUGUGGAAACCACUUAACUAGUAAGCUGCUACAAGACUUGGUGCCAGAGUUAAAGUGCUUGAGGGUGUUGUCACUGUCUGGUUAUAGCUUUGUGGAGUUGCCAAAUUCUAUUGGUGCCUUAAAGCAUUUAAGGUAUCUUAACCUAUCUUACACUCAAAUUGAAAGAUUGCCCGAGUCAGUGACUGAACUAUUGAACUUGCAAGCAUUAAUAUUACGUGGUUGCCAGUGUCUUACUGAGUUACCCUUAGGCAUAGGCAAUUUAAUUAGCUUGCUGUUCCUUGAUAUUAGUGGUACCAAGAAGCUGAAGGAGAUGCCACUGCAAAUUAGUAAUUUGGCAAAUCUUCGCACGCUGACCAAGUUUAUUGUGGGAGAAGACAACGGACUCAAGAUAAUAGAGCUGAAAAAUUUUCCUCAUUUGUCUGGGCUGCUUCAUAUUUCAGGGAUAGAAAAUGUGGUAAACAUUCAGGAAGCAGAGUUUGCCAAUUUAAAAGAGAAGCAGCGCCUAGAACAACUAGACUUGGAAUGGGCUAUUGAUUCCUCUGGUUCCAGAAAUCCAAGUGACGAUAUGCAGGUUCUCAGCUCAUUAAGGCCUCCUCAAAAUCUAUUACGGCUUUCAAUUAAAUCAUUUGGUGGAACUGAAUUCCCAGCAUGGAUAGGAGCGUUCACAAAAAUUGAAAAGCUAGAACUCUGGAACUGUCGGAACAUCAUGUCAUUACCUCCAUUUGGGCAAUUACCCUCACUUGUAGAGUUGAGUAUACGAGGCAUGAAUAGAGUGAAGAGACUGGGCAUGGAGUUUCAUGGGGAUGGUUCAUCUUUUACUUCUCUUAAGACUUUAACUAUGGUGGAUAUGUUGGAGUUGGAGUUAUGGUCUUGGUCUCAUGAUCGGAACGAGGAGGCUUCUGUAACACUUCCUGUUCUACAUAAGCUUGAAUUGCAAAAUUGUCCGAAACUUGUUAUUGAAUUGCCCAGCUGUCUACAAUCUUUGCGAGAACUGUCAAUUGAAUGCUGUCAAGAGGUUGUUCUUAGAAGUCUGUCUGAUCUCACAUCUCUUACUACCUUGCGUAUUGUUGACAUCUUAGGUCUUGUAAGUUUACAUGAAGCUCAUAUAGAGGAGUUAGUGGCACUAGAAGAAUUGUGGAUUAUACGUUGUCAUGAACUAAAGUAUUUGUGGAAGGAUGGAAGCAGUUUUGACAAACUUGCCCAUCUAAAGCAUUUACAUAUCAGGAAUUGUAAGCAACUGGUGACUUUGGUAGUGGGACAGGUAGGGGAAUUGCCUUGCAAUCUUCAAGAUUUGAUGAUAUUUGGUUGUCCUAAUUUGGAGAAUCUGCCAAAUGGGCUGCACAGCCUCACAGCUCUAAGAGGCUUGAGUAUCUUCUCAUGUGUUAAACUGUUGUCGUUCCCAGCAACAGGAGUGCCACACUGUAUGAAAUAUCUCUAUAUUAGAAAUGUUUCUCUAGAUUCUCUGCCUAAGGGUAUUAUGCGUGAUGUUAACGACAUUAACCAGAGCUCUCAGCUUGAGGAUUUGAGUAUCAGCGUAUGUAGAUCUUUGAGGUCCUGUCCAAAUGGCGAGUUUCCAGUUUCACUUAAGACUCUUGAUAUUGGUCAAGAAUGUAAUUGGCCGACACAGUUAUUAGAGUCAGUAUUCCGUGGUUUAUCUCAUCUCAGAAAUCUAACCAUAGGAGACUGUCCACAAUUAGAGUCCUUCCAAGAAGCAGGAUUGGCUAUCCACUCUCUUAUCUCUUUAGCCAUCCGUGGAUGCGAGAAUUUGAGGUCACUGCCCAAUCCGAUGCCACUAAACCUAACCAAUCUUUCCAUCAGGAAUUGCAAGAAUCUGGAACAGCCGAUGACAGAGUGGGGACUCCACAAACUCGUCUCUCUUAGAACGUUGGAAAUAUAUGGCACAAGUCCAAGUACAAAUAUGUUUGAUUCCUUUCCAGAUGAUGAUGGCCUACUCCUUCCCACUUCAUUGACCAGUCUAGAUAUCCGUGAACUCGAGAAUCUGAAAUCCAUCUCAAGAGGGAUCCAAAAGCUGACCACUCUACAAAGGUUAAUAAUUCAUAAUUGCCAAAAUUUCCUGUCCUUGCCAGAGGAGGGCUUACCUGCCACACUUGAAUCUCUAAGUAUCCUUGGAUGUCCUCAUUUGAAAGACAAAGGAGAUUAUUGGCCUACCAUUUCCCACAUACCAUUUGUAAUCAUAAAUCAUCAGUGAUGGUACAAUCAUCGGCAUUACAUUAAUAAGGCUACCUCGAGAUUCAAUUCAACCCUGCUUGUUGUCUGCAUGUGGUAGCUUUCAAUGCUGCACUUUGGUGCCUUUGGAAAGAGAGAUUUGUCCAUCCCAUCUUGAGUGUGCGUUUUUAUAUUUUCUGUAAUUUUGAGUCUUGAUUUUGAUUGUAACAGGAAUGUCAAUAUGAAGAAUCUGCAACAUUUACUGCAAAACCUUCGUUUGUGUGUUUGCAAACCAUGUUUAUGCAGAUUCUGUCAUCCUUUAGAGCUGAAAAUCUCAUGAGGCACUCUUUGUUUGAUGAACAAUGGGAGACAAUUAGUUCAGGAUUUGCUGUGGCAGUACUCAGCAAGGGACGAUCCUAUUUCUGAUGAUCACUUCGUGGCCUGGUCUUCAUGUUUCCGGGUGUGCGGGAUUUGUGCCUUUGAAUAUUGAGGAUUUGGGUGGAUAUAAUUUUGAA